UGCUAGAUCGCCGAAGCCGAAGAUCUUCCAACUCCUUUGGAGGUUACUAUUGCGGCGGUCCACCGUUACGACUUCAAGACAGUCGGGAAGAAGGAGAUCGCAAGGAGCAAUCAAGCGUCGGAUCUGAUUACGUUUCGAAAUUUUGCAGAUACUGGGUUUUAGUGAUUUGAAGCUCGCUCCUCUGGGUUUUAUCACAUGUACUAGUAUCCCAGCCACCCCUCCUCUACCUUUCGCAGUCCAAGACCCGAAUUCUCUAACUCAAGCCCAAUUACAACAAGAGCAACUCAGCAGCUUUCAAGGAGAAGAAGUACACCUCCGUCGACCAUGCAACGGCACUUACAGCCUCUCCACUCAUAUCGGUGGUUUCAGGAAGGGAGACAUCCCCAAACACCACCACUUACACGUCGAAAUGGAGCAUUUCCAGAAGGACUGGGCGGUCUCUAACGUUGUCAAUUGAGUCUAUCAGCUUCGUCGUGGAGACGACAUUGAUGGCGUGCUCAACAGAUGGGUCGGACGCUUCGCCAUGAAGAACUUCCCCAUCAUAAUUUGAGCUGGGACUAUUUGAUGAUGCAAAGAACUCGCCGCGGUCCAAGACCAGACACGGCACUUAAGAGGUGUCAUGAGCAUGGUGCUACAUUUCACAAAAAUGGCAAGUGCUUGUAGCAGAUUUACUACUCCUUCAUGCAAGAAACUCCAAAACUUGUUCCAUUCGUCACAACAUGAGCUUCCAAACCAACACGUGUUUCUCACAAACACUCAUGCAUGUAAGGAUACUGCUGUUGAUCUCACCAUUUGCCACUACAUGUCAAACUCGAAUCGAUCUUAUCUCCAGCUUCCGUCCCAGUCUCUCAUUUCGAUCAUCAAUAUCAGUUACCAGGUUAGCCAAAGGACCAUAUACUACUACUACCAUCCAUCUCUUUCAAUUUCAUAACCUAAUGGAUUUGCUUAACUCGGUUCUGAAUUUCGUGGUGCCACCGGCAAGUUUGGUGAUGCUGGCUUUUUCUUGGCCUGCACUGUGCUUCAUCAGUGGUUGCGAGUGGCUUUACAACCAGUUCAAUGGUGAAGAUAUGGAGGACAAAGUGGUUAUAAUUACUGGAGCUUCUUCUGGCAUAGGGGAGCAAAUUGCAUAUGAAUAUGCAAAGAGGCGGGCGAAGCUUGUAUUAGUGGCAAGAAGAGAGACCAGGCUGCGAGGGAUUGGUGAGAAUGCAAGGUUCUUGGGUGCAAAGCAUGUCUUGAUAAUUGCUGCAGAUGUUGUCAAGGAGGAGGACUGUAGGAGGUUCAUUAAUGAAACCAUAAACAUUUACGGCCGAGUGGAUCAUCUUGUAAACACAGUAAGCUUAGGACACACGUUCAGCUUUGAGGAAGUUACAGACACUUCUGUGUUUCCCCAGCUGUUGGACAUAAAUUUUUGGGGAAAUGUUUAUCCUACAUAUGUUGCUCUUCCUUACCUGCGUCAAACCCAUGGAAAAGUCAUUGUUAAUGCUUCAGUUGAGAGCUGGUUACCUUUGCCGCGGAUGAGUUUAUAUGCUGCGGCAAAGGCAGCUCUGGUCAACUUUUAUGAGACACUGAGAUUAGAAGUAAAAGACGACGUGGGGAUAACAAUUGCAACUCAUGGAUGGAUUGUUAGUGAAAUGUCAAGAGGCAAGUUCAUGGUAGAUGAGGGUGCUGAAAUGCAAUGGAAGGAAGAAAGAGAGGUACAUGUGAGUGGUGGACCGGCGGAGGAUUUUGCAAGGUUAAUUGUAGCAGGGGCUUGCCGAGGAGAUGCAUACGUGAAGUAUCCAAGCUGGUAUGACAUAUUCCUGCUUUACAGGGUGUUUGCACCUAAUAUUCUGAAUUGGACAUUCCGCAUGAUUCUUCCUACACACGGUAUGAGGAGAACUUCACUCAUUGGCACGGGGAGGCCUAUUUCAUCUGAAGGUAGCUAUGGAAGGCCUUUGUUGGAAGGAACUUCACCAAGGAGACUUCUUGUUAGUCCAACUUUCACUCCACUCAGUCAUCAGCACAAACUGGAAUAAUGAAUUGAAAUCGCUUUUAGGGAAGUGGACAUGUUGUAAGCAUCAAUCUCUCAGCUGGAAACUCGGUUUCAUCAUGUUGUGGCGUUAGGCAGUGACGAUGCACAUUUUGAGCAGUCGAAUGAAAGAAGUAAUUGGAUUCUGUUUGUGUAAUAAAAUCUUUUCAUCUUUAAUAAAAUUCCGUACAUAUCUGAUCUUUAGGA